AGCAGGGACCCAGGCACUGUGCCCAUCCCCCCUGCCAUGUGGGAACUGCGGUCAGCCUCCUUUUGGAGGGCCAUAUUCGCUGAGUUCUUUGCCACCCUCUUCUAUGUCUUCUUCGGGCUGGGGUCCUCACUGCGUUGGGCUCCUGGACCCCUGCAUGUUCUGCAGGUGGCUAUGGCAUUUGGCUUGGCCCUGGCUACACUGGUGCAGUCUGUGGGCCACAUCAGUGGAGCCCACGUCAAUCCUGCAGUCACUUUUGCUUUCCUUGUGGGCUCCCAGAUGUCCCUGCUCCGUGCCUUCUGCUAUAUGGCAGCCCAGCUCCUGGGAGCUGUGGCUGGGGCUGCUGUGCUGUAUAGCGUUACCCCGCCUGCCGUCCGAGGAAACCUAGCACUCAACACGUUGCACCCUGGGGUGAGCGUGGCCCAGGCAACCACAGUGGAGAUCUUCCUGACACUCCAGUUCGUGCUCUGCAUCUUUGCCACAUACGAUGAGAGGCGGAAUGGCCAACUAGGCUCCGUGGCCCUGGCCGUUGGCUUCUCCCUUGCCCUGGGGCACCUCUUUGGGAUGUAUUAUACUGGUGCAGGCAUGAAUCCUGCCCGCUCCUUUGCUCCUGCCAUUCUCACUGGGAACUUCACCAACCAUUGGGUGUACUGGGUGGGCCCAAUCAUUGGAGGGGGUCUGGGCAGCCUCCUCUACGACUUCCUCCUCUUCCCCCGGCUCAAGAGUAUUUCUGAGAGACUGUCUGUCCUCAGGGGUGUCAAACCCGAAGACGCCAAUGGACAACCAGAAGUCACAGGGGAACCUGUUGAACUGAACACCCAGGCCCUGUAGAAGCUCCAGCUGAAUAGAGGGAGUAGAAAGCUUCUGAGUUUACUUGGAAGGGUUGAGUCAGCCCCUAGAUGAAGAAAGAGACUGUGGGGAGGGGCAUGUACUUCUUUAUUUUUUAACUUAUGUAUGUGUUUUUUUUUUUUUUUUUCCUUUUGCUGUGUGAAAUCUUUCAAGUUGCAUUCAUGAGCUGGUUGGUGCGAACUUCCCUUCCUCCCCAUCCCACCUCUCUUCGCCGUGUGUGCUGAUUGUGCAUAUGAAUGUGAGUGAUUGUGGCUGUGUCUGAGUUUUGGGGCAAUGAGAGCUAAGGAAGCAAAAACAGGUGCCAUCCUAUACCUCCCUUCCUUGACCCAGUAUGGUGAGUACAGGGUAACCAACACCUUAAGUUUCUGGCCUUUACCCUGUUGCCAGUCAAGUGUGUGGCUCUUGAUUUCUGAAGGAACAGAGAAGCAGGGAGUUACUCCUUACACGAGGCAGAUGGAGAGAAGUGGAGGAGACAAGGCAUUCCAAGGGUUAGGAGAAGGGACUCAAGGGAGGUGGGUGGUGAAAAUGGAGAUAUUAGCCCCAGAUCAGGAUGCAGGUGUACCAAAGAAUUGGGGGAAAGUUAAUGGGAACACAUAGCCUACUUAUCUCAGGGAUGCUUGCCCCAGGGACUUGGGUGGGGAAGUAGCUCUGAGAAAAGUGAACACUAGGAUUUGAGCUGUUCUGUAAAGCCACGUAAACCUGUCUACAUCCACUGACUGGUUGUGUUCAUUCUGGCAUAAUGGAUCUCUUCAGAGGUCCUGGGCCAAGGAGCUUCCAACCUAAAUAAGGCUUGGGCAAGCCUAGAAUCUAGAAAAAUUAAGCAGCUUAACUGGUCAGCCUGACAUCCACUGGUGUGACUGCCUGGCAGAUGGUAUUUAAGCCCUAAGGCCAACACAGGAAAUCUGAUUCCUGGAGCAAAUAAAUGCAGGGGUGGUAGUAGGGGGCAUGAGGCAAGAGGCUUUGACUCUGUUUUAAUUUAUUUAAUGCAAAUCAAAACACUCCUCAAAUGGCAUCUUUCUGCUUUUAUCACUAGUUCAGUGUUUCUUUUGUUUUGUUUUGUGUCUGUGUAUUUUUCUCUGUCAUCUGUCCUUUCAUCUUGAAGGAAAUCUAUUCUAACUCCCUCAUACCCCAGAAAUUGAUUCCUUCUAUUCAAAUGCUUAAUAAUUCAGGAGAUUA